AUGCCUCAAGAUAUGCCGCCUACUGGCGGCUAUGAAUCCGUUCAAUACCGCCGAAACUUGCCUGUACGAGGCUUCCGACCGGCGUACUACCUAUUGGCUAUGGGCGGCAUCAUGACCUACGGCUUCUGGCGAUACGGCCAAGGUGUCCGCGAGCACAACGAGCUUGCGCGCGAAAAGAUGUGGGCGCGCAUCUAUCUCACUCCCCUGCUACAGGCUGAGGAAGACCGAGAUGCUGUCAGGAGACACUUCGCUCGUCAGACAAUGGAGAAGGAAUUGCUCGGAAAGGAACACCCCGUAUACCACGGCGACCGAUUUGUUCGUCCAACAUACGCUGUCGUACCGGAAGCAGUAUCGAAAUAG